AGUGUCAUAAAAUCGUCCCUCGUCUGCUCGCUCUCAUCGUCGUUUCAAAUUGCAGGGUGUCUCGCCUUUCCUCUGUUUCUGUACUCCUCUUCCAAGUCCAAGUCGAACGAUGGCGGAUGAUCAUCCCAGGGACGAGGCUUAUAUCUUAGCCGUCAUCGAGAAGCGCAUCAGGCUCUUCGAGGAGUUCCAAGCGAAGCAGCUCGCGGAGAUUCAGUCUCGGCCGCACGACCAGAUCAAGGUUACAAUUGGAGAUGGUGGAGACGUGAAAGAAGGGAAGAGAUGGGAGACGACUCCAACAGAAAUCGCGAGGCAAAUCUCUGCGGAAUUGGCGAACUCAGCGCUUGUUUCUUCGGUAAACAAUGUCCUGUGGGACAUGAAUAGGCCACUGGAAGCUGAUUGUUCGCUUGAGUUUUUCAGUUUCGACAGCGACAAAGGCCGUGAUACUUUCUGGCGUUCUACCGCUCACAUUGUUCUCCAACAGGAGUAUGGUUGUAAGCUCUGCAUUGGCCCCUGCAAACCUAGAGAUGAGGGUUUCUUCUACGAUGCAUUCUAUGCCGAUCUGGGCUUAAACGAGCAACACUUUCCCCAUACUCAACCAGGGGCUGCUCCAGAAGGGCAUCCAUUUGAAAGGAUUGAAGUGACCAGGGGUCAGGCACUUGAGAUGUUUUCUGAUGAUAAUACUUUUCAGGCUGAACUCCUCACCGAGGACAAAACCACCGUCUACAGGUGUGGUCCUUUGGUUGAUCUCUGUAGUGGACCACAUAUACCAAAUACUUCCUUUGUGAAAGCUUUCAAGUGUUUGAAUGUGAGAUUCCUACUCUAUAUCUACAAAGCUACAAUUUCUUUUCUUUUCUUUUACUCUAGUCUUUUGUCUCCCGCUCAGUUUCUUUCGGUGCUAUUAGGCCAACAUCACCAACUUUUCUUUUGUCACCCACUCAGCCCUGGGAGUUGGUUCUUCGAGAAACAUGGCACUCGCGUAUAUAAUAAGCUGAUGCAUUUCAUCCGGGAGGAAUAUCGGAAAAGGGGCUACGAAGAGGUCAUUUCACCAAAUAUUUACAACAUGAAACUCUGGGAAACAUCUGGGCAUGCUGCAAACUACAAGGAAAAUAUGUUCACGUUUGAUAUUGAUAAACAGGAGUUCGGGCUCAAACCUAUGAACUGCCCUGGUCACUGCUUGAUGUUCCAACACAGGCUUCGCUCGUGCAAAGAAUUACCCAUUAGACUGGCCGACUUUGGAGUGUUACAUCGAAAUGAGGCAAGUGGAGCUCUUAGUGACUUGACCUGUGCCCGACGGUUCCAGCAGGAUGAUGCACACAUAUUCUGUACAAAGGAUCAGGUUAGUGGAGAAUUGAAACGUGCAUUGGAGUUCGUUGACUAUGUUUACACAAAAUUUGGGUUUACCUAUGACCUAAAGCUCUCAACGAGACCAGACAAGUACAUUGGAGACGUAACAACAUGGGAUAGAGCAGAAAGGGACCUUGAAGAAGCACUAGAAGAUUUUGGAAAGCCGUUCCUUGUGAACAGAGGAGCCGGGGCAUUCUAUGGUCCGAAGAUAGACAUAACAAUAUCUGAUGCAAUGAAAAGCUACGUCCAGUGUGCUACUUUACAACUUGAUUUUCAACUUCCUGCCCUCUUCGAGCUGGAAUACACAGCUAUGGCUGAAGGGAAUUCGGAUACACCUGUGAUGAUACAUAGAGCGGUGUUAGGAUCUGUUGAGCGUAUGUUUACCACAUUGUUGGAGCAUUACAAAGGAAAAUGGCCCUUCUGGCUUAGUCCGCGCCAGGCCAUAGUAUGCUCGCUGUCAAAGGAUUAUGAUGAAUACGCUGAAAAGGUGAGAGAACAAAUUCACGAAGCUGGGUACUAUGCUGAUGUUGACAUAAUAGACAGAAACAUCAGCAAGAAGGUGCGAGAAGCUCAGGUUCUGAAGUACAACUACAUACUGGUUGUGGGUGCUGAAGAAACUACAAGGGGACUUGUGACUGUUCGUCGAAGAAACGAAGACCGUUCGAAGUUCCCAGUGAUGAGCGUCGGGAAUCUGCUGGAUGAAUUGGAACUCAAGACGGCCAACUUUCUCUGAGAACCAUAGAUGGGAGCAGUAGCAGUUUCCUAAGUACGAUGGGAACCAAAAUCCCAUUGGUAUGAACACAAAUUUCGAGUUCAUUUUCAUUUGAAAAACAUAUGUGUGUUUUGUUAUUUAAGGAUUACUAGAUUAGCGCGGGAUCGUUUAUUUUAAAAUUAUAUUAAAAUUAUUAAGUAUUUACCUUAUUUAAUAUUUUAAUAGAUUUAUAUUUGUUUA